AUGCAGCGGCGGGUAGGGACAGAUCCCAACCCCUGCAGCCGAGGGACAUUCUUGGGGGCAAGAGCAGAGGUGACCACUGGCCAUCGCUCCUGUCUCUCUCUCUCAGGCUCAGCCAACCUGUGCCAUCUGCCUGCGCAGGAGCAGCCCUUCCCUGCAGCCUGGGCACCCCUGGCAGGGGGGACACCCCAGGCCCCCCAGGCACCACCAGCAGGUCUGCAGAGGGCUCCAUGUGGCUGCCUCUUCGACCCCCGGGUCUUCCGCAUCCAGUGGACAACCACCGACCUGCCUCCACCGGCCACCGCCACGCUCGGCCAAGGCGCCGCUUCUCUGCCGGGUGCUGCCCUGUGGGGUCCCGGGGGCUGCGGGGCCCCCCUCGCCUGGGCAGCCCCAGGGACCCCCCAGGGCCAACCACAAUACCUUGCACCCUACAAAAAUAAGAGGAGUGGGGUGGCCCCAGCCCCUCUGGAGCUGCCAGUGUCCAUCCCCAGCUACGAGGACAUCGAGGGGCUGUUGGCAAAGAUCAACACCUCCUGCACGGCCACCCCUCCAGGGGCACCCCCGGGCAGCGACAUCCCCGCCAGCCCCUGCGCUGACCCCCACAACCAAGCCCUUUGGGAGCCCGUAGGUGAACUUGUGGCGUCUGAGGAAGUGGCUCUCCAAGAGGCCCUAGUGCUCUUUGAUUGCUCCCUGGAUGGGGUGGGGGUCAGCCAGGAUGCUCCCAGCAGCAGCCCCAUGCCUGAGGACACUGGUGGCACUGGCACAGCCACCCCCGACCGCGACUUCAGCUCGCUCUCGCUGCCUGAGGAGCUGCUCACCCCUGACUACUGCAUCCCCGAGCUCAGCGACAUCAUGCUGAGCCUCAAAAUAUCCAACGUCAUCGGGAUGGAGCCCCAGGAGCUGUGGGAGGAUGCCGGGAUGGACCUGCCACCAUCCCCGCCUGCCGUGGCAGACAAGCCGAGGAAGAGGCAGGCGCAGAGCUCCUUCCCCAUGCCACCCAGCAAGCGCAGGGCUCUCACAGCCAACAUGGGGCUGUGA